AUGGCGGCGGGGGAGGCAUUUUCCCCUGACGAGUUCCAGCUUGGUAGCUUGGUAGCCAAGUUUGGUAAUAGGAAAGUGGUAUCGAAAUCUUGGACUUCCCGCAGGCCCAGCGGAUGUGCAGCGGUUUCACAACCCUCCACAUCAGAUGCGGGUUGCCAGCUAUCAGAGUUAUCGGCUCCACGUCGGAGGUAUGUAAGCGAGAGCGUGGUUGAACAUGAAGCUGGUGAUCAGUUGUUGAGACAGGUGAUCAGGCUGGAGGAGGACAACCGGAAGCUACAGGACCGAAUACGGCAUUUGGAGCAGCGGAGACGAGGACUGGAGGAGACUAAAUCAGAUAAUGGGAGUGAGAGACUGUUGGAAACCUUGGAUCGCGACGGCUCUUUGGUGCCUCUUCGUAGUUACCAGCAUUUUAUCCUUCCGGCAGGUGAGGGUGUGCGUGGAAUGGCCGUUUAUGUUAAAAAUAGUAUACCGGCUGAAUUAGUUUCAACUCCUGGGAAAUGUGGGGGAAUUGAGUACAUAGCAGUAAGACUUAGACUUGCCGAAGGCUAUUUUGUUUUAGUUAAUGUGUAUGUGAGUCAGAACUCACUAAAGUUCGAACACUUACCAGACUCGGUGUUUCGGGAACCUACCUUGCUGGUCGGGGAUUUAAAUGCCAGACAUGCUGUGUUAGGCUCGUCUGGCAGUAGUAAUUGGAAUGGUACUGUAUGGCACCAGUUUCUCAGUGAUUGCGAUGAAGCACGCUUACUUGGGGAUAACUCACCCACUCACUUGCAGGGAGGGAGGAUAGAUUAUGCAUGCUUGUUUAAUAUUCAAGGCAUGGAGGGUAAAUGUACAGUGAUUUCAGAGCUGUUAAGUGAUCAUUUUGCGCUUUAUGUUGAGUUACCCCUGCGAAAAGCAUGUGGCGGCCAUAGUAGAGUUAGGUUUUUCAUUAAUGAUAACAACAGGGAGAUAUUUCUUCGUAGCAUGAAUGAGUGGUACAGUGCUUAUCAUCCGCAUGAUGUUGACACUUUCUAUGAAGAUCUAGUUGCACAGAUAGCUGCAUUGGUCGACAAAAAAAAAAUCAAACUGUAA